UUAAGAACUCAUAGUGAUGGUAAAGUGGGCGGAGUCUGAAGAGCACCCAGGCAGGAAAUGGUUACCCCCCCCCCAUCACCUGGGAAAGUAAAUUCUUUGAUUUCUCCGAAGGCAGUCCAGCUGACAUGCUCCAGUUUAGAGCAAACAAAGGAAGGGGAGCCGCUGACACAUCAGUCCUUGUAUCUUAUUUCUCCCCAGCGACGAUGCACGUGUGGGCUACCAAUUGCAACUUCGGGGACAAUUGUUUUUAGAUCCUUUGGAAACGGGGGAAGGGAUUAAAGACGCCAAUUCGACUUCAGGCGUGGAGUUUAAGCGUGCAAAGCACACCGAGCGACCAUUUCCUCCAUUGUGCUGCUCCAGGCAGGCUUAAAACAUGUCUAUCACGGGACUAAAGAAGAAGCAGCCUAAAAUGUUUAAAGUUAAAGUUUCAACAAUGGAAGCUGAAAUGGAAUUCAGUUGUGAGAUGAAGUGGAAAGGAAAAGACCUGUUUGACCAGGUGUGUCGUGCAUUGGGGCUGAGAGAAUCCUGGUACUUUGGCCUCUGGUAUUCUGUCAAAGGAAUGGGCAUUUGGUUGAAGAUGGAUAAAAAGGUUUUAGAUCAGGAUAUUCCCAAAGAAGAUCCAGUGAACUUUUGUUUUUUAGUGAAGUUUUACCCUGAGAAGGUUGAAGAGGAGCUUCUGCAGGAGAUCACCCAACAUCUCUUCUUUCUGCAGGUUAAGAAACAAAUAUUGGAUGAAGAAAUCUACUGUUCUCCCGAGGCUACAAUUUUAUUGGCGUCUUAUGCAGUUCAAGCCAAGUAUGGUGACUAUGACCCAAAUCUGCACAAACCAGGUUUCUUAGCUCCAGAAGAGCUUUUGCCAAAAAGAGUUCUCCGUCAAUAUCAGAUGACCCCUGACAUGUGGGAAGAAAGGAUUACUGCUUGUUAUGCUGGACACCAGGGAAUGGCCAGAUAUGAAGCUGAGAUGAACUAUCUUAAAAUAGCACAAGAUUUGGAGAUGUAUGGGGUUAAUUAUUUUCCAAUUGCUCAAAAGAAGAAUCAUACAGACUUCCUGCUUGGGGUCGAUGCCAAAGGGAUUCAUGUCUACAGCAUCAAUAACCGUUUCUCUCCAAAUAAGUCUUUUGAAUGGAGCAGCAUCCAAAAUAUUUCUUAUUCUGAUAAAGAGCUUACAAUUAAGCCCAUUGACAAGAAAGCCGAGGUUUUCAAGUUCUUCUCCUCACAGCCUAAAGUCAAUAAACUGAUCAUGCAACUCUUCAUUGGAAAUCACGACUUGUUCAUGAGAAGGAGGCGAGUGGAUCCCAUUGAGAUCCAGCAGAUGAAAGCUCAAGCCAGAGAGGAGAAAGCAAGAAAGAAGAUGGAGCACCAGAGGCUGGCCAGGGAGAAGCAGCUGCGGGAGGAAGCCGAGCGAGCCAAAGAAGAACUGGAACGACGCCUCUUUGAGGUGGAAGAUGAAGCUCGGCAAGCUAAUGAGGCGCUGCGCCGUUCAGAGGCAGCAGCAGAAUUGCUGGCUGAGAAAGCUCAGAUCGCGGAGGAGGAAGCCAAGCUGUUGGCUCAGAACGCUGCAGAAGCAGAGCAGGAGCGCCAUCGAUUAGAGUUGGCGGCCUUGAAAACCAGCGAGGAGAAGCGACUGAUGGAGCACAAGAUAAGGGAGGCCGAGCUGAUUGCCAUGAAGCUGGUGAAGGAGUCCGAUAGAAGGGUCAAAGAAGCUGAACAUUUAAAGCAGGACCUACAGGAAGCCAGAGAAGCCGAAGAGAAAGCAAAGCAAAAGCUUCAAGACGUCAGCAAGUUUAAUUCUCCUCCUCAUACUGUUAAGUCUACUUCAUUUCCGCCUGUGGACACGAGGGAUACCAAUGGUGACAAAGGAUUUGUAAAGAUGGAUUUAAGAGACAUUGAUCUGAAGAGGCUUUCCUUGGAGAUAGAGAGAGAGAGGUUGGACUACCUAGAUAAGAGUAGAAAGUUUGAAGAUCGUCUAAAAGAACUCAAGACUGAAAUCCAUGCUCUCAAAGUUGAAGAGAAACACGGCGGGCUUCUUUCUCAUUGGAACAUAAUCCUUGACUCUUUGGACCAUUCAUCAGAGAAGGAAUAUAAGGCUCCUGUUUGGAUGAAAACUCUUGAAGCAGACCUGUUUAAUAAUCUUCAACCGUCCUUUUCACCAUCAUGCCUGCUAAACGUGAUUGAGAAUACCAUGCCCAGUGCAGCAACAGAAAACUCUUUUCCAACUCAUCCCCUGGUUAUUAAUAACAUGGAAACAGGACACCGAAAGCACAUUAAGGUCCAACAGCACAAAACAGAUGUGAUCUAUAUCUGAAACAACAGAAUGACCAGAUUAUCCAACUCAAGUUAUCCAUCCAAAGAUUUCUAGACUACUUUCAUAUUCUGGGGAAAAAAAUACACCUGCUGCUUAAAGCUUAAGAAUGGAAAUAUUCCUUUUUCAUUCCUAGGAAGUGGUGCUCAUAUAGGUAAUACCAGCCAACCAGAGAUCUAAGUUUGCAAGUCUAAUACACCUUGUUAUUUAAUACAUCAUCUUGACAGUAAUUGAACAUUUCUAUUGGGUUACUUGAAGAUUUAUCAUGCCAAUGUACGUUGUAAGAAGAAUCUUAAGAAAUUCAAGCAGAUAUAUUCUAGUACGUUCCCAAAGUCAGCAAUUCUAUUAAGUUACUUGGGAGUUAAGAACUGAGUUGUACAUUCAUUUAAGAAUUAUGAACAACUUGCUAUUAAAUUUCACUACAAGCAAUGGGAUUGUAUCACAAUUUAACUAGAUUAAGGUCCUGUACAUUUAGAACUUUUCAUAAAAAUGUAAAUGUAAAUUUAUGAUUGUGAAUAUUUUUAUUUUUGUAAAGUGUUCUACAAUUAUUUCUUUCUUGUUUUUCUAUGAUUAAAGAACAAAAUUUUAAAUGCCCAAAUCAGUUUAUUAAAACAGAAUCCAUGAGUAUCCUAUAUAUGUCCUUAAGCUAAAUCUGGGUUGGGUUUGUUCAGCUCUUUUGCUGAAAAUAGAGCCUGAUCCUAUUCACACACUGUAUUCUCAACUGCAACCUAUUUAUUAUUCUGGCACAGACUGCAGCCAGUUUUAAUUACUACAACAGGAGUUUCUUCUGAGUACACAAACUUAGGACUGUACUAUUAUUUAAUUUGUAUCUCAUCCUACGAUGAAUGAGGGUGGUUGUUUUUUUUAACAAAAAUAAACACAGAAAUAAGUAAAGGUAACAAUAAGCUUAUUUUGAUGUCAGUAUCUAAGUAAAAAAUCUGUGUUUUAUUUUUGUUAAAAUUUAAAGCAACAUAAAUCAAAAAAUUUAUUCUCUUUCUGUGAGAAAUGAAACGGCAGGAAAAUAAGCCAAUGAAUAAGACUAGAAAUAGGUUUAGUUUCCUUUACAAGCUAGCCCAAAACAGAAGUCCGCUGUUGAAACUUUCUUAGCACUGGUGUUCAAUUAUUUGAUUCCAGUUGACAUGUCAACUGGUUCCUGAUCACAGCUGGCUUGUGUCCUUUUUCUUGCAGCAGCCAUGCUUCUGUCUAGCCAUCUGACACUUUUCCAUGCGCAAUAUACAAGCGUCAAAUGGUUAGACAGAAAACCAGCCAUUUUGACAUUCAGCACAGCUGCCAUUUCUACUAUGGAAGUUUGUAGCACCUGACCCAGGAGAAUAAAGCCAACUUCUAAACAGAACGCAUUUGGUACAUGCCUUGUGAGCUGUCCCAUUGAAAUGGCACUUGGCCUAUACUUUUUCAAUUCAUCUUCUGUUCCAAGGUUAGGUGAGAGGAAGAUUGUCUUGUAACAGCUGUCAACAAUCUUAUAUAAUUUACCCCAAUACUCAGAAUUACAACAUUGGUUAUUUUUAAUGUCAUUUAAAAAUAAAUAAAUACUGGAAUUCAAUUCCUGAAUUGUGGAGAUAAUGUGGGAAUAGUAACAGUGAUGACACUGGAAAAAAGUUGCCGCCUGGAUGAGAUUUUUAAAAGGGAAAAUAUUUGUCCAUAUUGCUUAGUUUCUCAUAUUCUGCUAACAAAGUUAAAAGCCAGUUGCAGAACUGAGUUAGGUCCUACAGCAAGGACUAAAAUUGCUUUCAUUGAUCUGAAGGUUCUCUAAAUUGGUAAAUAGUUUCUCCCAGCACUGAUAGCCUUGACCAUACUGGCUAUUAAAUUCUAGGAAAUGCAGAUACAUGAAAGUGUACUUGGGCUGGAAAAAUGGACUAAAUAUAUGGAUAAAAAAAAUAAGGCUUCCUGAAUUUGAGACCAUACUACUUGAUGGGGAGGCAAAAAAUUAUGAGGUUCUGGAAGAUAACUCAAUUAUUUGCUUCUCAUCUUUAAGUAAGAUAGGAGAAAUACAACUCAAAGAUGAUACUGCUACAUAGUGUCUUCUCCUUCACCAUUUGCUAACAUAUAGCGGAGUCAUCAAGAAACAUAAC